AUGGUCAGCCUUGACCUCGUACGCAAAGCCAAUAGUAGCUUAGGCUCCAGACUACCCAAUCCUGUGGCCCUCUUCGUAGGAGGGACCAGUGGCAUAGGCCGAAGCACAUUACGCCAACUCGCUCUCAAUACCAAUGCUCCAACAGCCUACAUCGUCGGACGUAGCGAGAACAGCGCCAAACCAGUUCUCAAGGAGCUACGCCAGAUCAAUCCACUCGGCUCUUUCAACUUCAUCGAGGCCGAUGUUUCACUCAUCAGCAACGUUGAUAAGGCUUGCGAGAGCAUCAAGCAGCGAGAGAAAGCACUGGACAUGCUCUUCAUGACUCCAGAUGGACUGUCACUGGUCGGACGUCGAGAGACGAGUGAAGGCAUCGACAAGUUGUUUGCCCUACGUUACUAUGCUCGUAUGCGCUUUACUCAGAAUCUGCUUCCAUUAUUGGAAGCUGCAGAGACUCAGCCUGGGCGUGUCGUAAGUGUUCUGGGUGGUGGCUUCGAGGGCAACAUCGAUGCCAGCAACCUCGACUUGGAGCACAACUACAAUAUCGUCAGCUGUGCCAUGCAUUCUGUCACGAUGACAUCGCUGGCUAUGGAACACCUAGCCACCUCACAUCGCGCUUCUUUUGUGCAUGUCUUCCCUGGCAUAGUCGGCACGAACCUAUACACCAACAGCUUCGCUCCGCCGUUGGCUGCGAUGUACAACUAUGGCAUGUGGCCUUUGAUGUACCCGUUCUCGGUCAACAUCAACGAGAGUGGCCAGCGUCAUCUCUUUCAUGCGACAUCUGAACUCUAUCCUGCCAACACACUUUACAAUCAUGAGGCUCCGACCACUCGAGCUGAGACGAAAGCAGCCAUGGGCUCUGAUGGAGUGCUUGGCAGUGGCGCGUACCUGAUGAACUGGAAAGGUGAAACGUUUGCAGGAGGCAAGAAGAUGCAGAAAUUAAGGAAGCGAGGCAUGGCUCACAAGGUAUGGGAGCACACUAUUGAUCUUCUCAGCCGCACUGUGAGGUAG